GAGGGGCCCGCGGAGGAGACGCCCCCCGCGCCCGGCCCCCGGCCGCCGCGCCCGGGCCCGCGCCAUGGGGCUCUGGCUGCCGCCGCCCCCCGCGCCGCCGGGCUAGGGCGAUGCGGGCGCCCCCGGCGCGCGGCCCCCGCGGGCACCAUGAGCCCCCUCCUCCGCCGCCUGCUGCUCGCCGCGCUCCUGCAGCUGGCCCCGGCCCAGACCCCCGCGUCCCAGCCUGAUGUCACAGGCCACCAGAAGAAAGUGGUGUCGUGGAUCGAUGUAUACGCGCGGGCCGCCUGUCAGCCGCGGGAGGUGGUGGUGCCCCUGAGUAUGGAGCUGGUGGGCACGGUGGCCAAGCAGCUGGUGCCCAGCUGUGUGACGGUGCAGCGCUGUGGUGGCUGUUGCCCCGACGACGCCCUGGAGUGCGUGCCCGUGGGGCAGCACCGCAUCCGGAUGCAGAUCCUCCUGAUCCAGUACCCGAGCAGCGAGCUGGGGGAGAUGUCGCUGGUGGAGCACAGCCAGUGUGAAUGCAGACCCAAGAAGAAAGAACUUUCUGCCAAGGGGGACAGGGCUGCCACUCCCCACCAUCGCCCCCAGCCCCGAUCCAUUCCGGGCGGGGACCCAGGCCCCGGAGCACCCUCCCCAGCUGACAUCACCCAUCCCACCCCAGCCCCAGGCCCCUCUGCCCACGCUGCGCCCAGCGCCGCCAGCGCCCUGACCCCCGGACCUGCCGCUGCCGCUGCCGACGCCGCAGCCUCCUCCGUUGCCAAGGGCGGGGCCUAGAGCUCAACCCAGACACCUGCAGGUGCCGGAGGCUGCGAAGGUGACACACUGCUUUCCAGACCCACGGGGCUGCUAGCCUCGCAGGACACACCCUGGACUGGGACAUGAGGACCCUCCUGCUGAGAACGGCCUGGCCCUGGACCCUGGAAGCUGCAGCAGGCCCCGGGCCUCUCUGAAGACCUCCCUGCCAUCUCCCAAGACCACCGGCCCACUGGGCAGAGCUGCACGGGACAGUUAGGCAGUGAGCGUGGCCACAUACUGCCUUGGGGAACGCGUCUCGUCCCCAGUUCUGACCUCUCCGUGUGAGCAUCUCACUGCGCCCUCGCCGAGAGCCUGGGCCCUUGGGGUGAGGACAAUGCUGCUGCCCCCGAUAAAGAGAUGGAAGGAGC